AUGUCCAGUUCGAACCCAACACUCAUAUUUCCGCAACUUCCACCAUUACUUACUGCUUCUAAGUCAAAAUCGGUACACAAUACUGGGAGUUUUACUGUAUAUUCAUCUAAUGAAUUAAAGGGUGUUAGCGAUAUGGGAUCCUUGGCAAUCAACGGCGUUGGCACACCAUGUUCAAAUACAACGUUCAAUACCAAAGCUUUCAGUGGCAUAAACCAUUUGUAUGAGGAACGCCUUCUAAAGCAGACCUCUGCAGGAUCAAUAAACAGCACCGGCUAUUCAGGCACCCAGCAGGAAAUUCACCUCCCAAAUGUGCCAUUAGGUAACCAAAAGUCAGCUGCUGUAUGUGCUAAAGGAUGCUCCAAACCCAGCGGUCCUUCGCCACCCGAAAAUGGAGGCGUAGGAAAAGCAGAUGAGAGCAGCUGCACAGCGAAGGCAAGAACUCGAACGACAGCCGAAGGAGGUGGAGGCCUUCAUUAUAGUCAAAACUGUCAACAAUCUCCUGCUUACGGAUCACCUGCAAGCGGCACGGUUUUAAGUCAGUCAGCCUGGAAUGGAGGUGCCGCUGUCAACUUACCGACAGUCGGCAUCACCCCAGAGGUUGCAAUAAAACAGUUCAAAACGAAACUGUCAGCGUACGAACUGACGGAGAUCCUAAAUUACCCAAAUAUCUACUUUGUUGGACAUAAUGCUAAAAAACGACAAGGAAUUCCCGGUGCAGCCAACAACUGUGGAUAUGACGAUGAACAGGGAUCCUAUCUUCACACUGCUCAUGACCAAGUAUCGUAUAGAUACGAGGUUCUAAAAAGUUUGGGGAAGGGCAGUUUUGGCCAGGUUGUCAAGGCAUUCGACCAUAAGACAAACACGUUUGUAGGCUUGAAAAUGGUUAGGAAUGAACGAAGAUUUACAAAGCAAGCAGCUGAGGAAAUAAGAAUUCUCGAGCUUCUUCGAGCUCAAGAUGUCGAUAACACAAGAAAUGUUGUGCAUUUGCUGGAACAUUUUGUUUUCCGGGACCACGUCUGCAUGACAUUUGAACUACUAAACAUGAACCUCUAUGAACUUAUCAAAAGAAAUAAAUUUCAAGGCUUUCCACUACAAUUAGUUCGAAAAUUUGCUCACUCCAUCCUCGUUUGUCUUGACAUGCUUCACCGCAACAAGAUUAUUCACUGCGACCUGAAACCAGAAAAUAUUCUGCUUAAACAACAAGGUCGAAGCGGCAUUAAAGUUAUUGAUUUCGGUUCCAGCUGCUUUGAAAAUCAAAGGAUCUAUACAUACAUUCAGUCUCGCUUCUAUCGAGCACCGGAAGUAAUUUUGGGAUGCAAAUAUGGCGUUUCCAUCGAUAUUUGGAGUUUCGGAUGUAUUUUGGCCGAGCUUCUCACAGGUUCGCCACUGUUUCCGGGAGAAGACGAGCUAGACCAAUUAGCCUGCAUCAUGGAAGUCCAGGGAAUGCCUCCACAGAAAUUACUAGAUCAGAGCCGCCGCCUCAAACACUUUUUCUCCACCACUCACGGCUGUCCCCGAUAUUGCAUGGAAGUGGACGAGAACGGUCGCGUCAUUUUGCGACCAGGCAAAACGAAGCGGGGCAAAAUUAGAAACAUUCCCGGCUCCCGCAGUCUUGUGGAAGCCUUCCGUCACGAAUGGCUACGUCGCCGACAGCCAAAGUCAACAAUCACUGGCGCGGUGGCUGCCCUGACUACUCAAACAACACCGUACUCCUGUGGAGAACAGAAGCAGAUCUACUCGCUGCCCGCUGCCAACAGUACUUCCGUCUCCAUCAGUCACGCCUCCUCGCAGCGUGUACCAAAUAACACCGAGUCACUACAAUUUGAGACAAGCAAGCCACACCAGACGUCCCCACUGCACUCUCAGCGGGUGGAUCGGCAGCAUAAACCACAGGCGCAUGGCCAACCGCGUCAUCUUAUAAAUAGCCAGUGCCUUAGUACUACCACCUGCGAGAUGAACACGGUCAGUAACGGUUUCAACACGGAACAUCGCUGCCAACAACCCACGGGCACGCCCACAAAUAACCUGACGACCGUUAAUACCACUACACAGGCUGUAGUUCGGCAUGACAACUUCGACACCAGUCUUGGGGCCGGAGACAAAAUGCGUUACGAGCUGUCCAGCAAACCGCAGAACAUCUAG